AUGAAGAAUAUUCAAUAUUUAAUUUAUUUAUUAAUUCAAAUUAAUUUUAUAAAAUCAUCUGAAAUUUUUACAUUAAAUAUUGGAGUACAUUUAUUAGUGGAUAAUCAAUAUAUUGAAAAUUCAUCUUCAUUAGAAUUUCAAAACGGUAAAAUCGAAAAAGAUCUUGAUCAUCCAUUAAUUUAUCCUGAAUAUCCAUGGGAAAAUGCAAUUCAUUUCUAUACAAGUUUUUUACAAGUUCCAGCUGAUUUAUCUCUUGCAAGAAAACCAAUGUAUCUCUUAUAUUAUGCAUGUGCUUCAUCAUAUGAUAUUUUAUUUAAUAAUAAUGUAUCUGUAUGUAUUUCUAAUAGUACUGAUGGAAUUCAUUGGGAAAAACCGUUAUUAUCAUAUUAUCCUUAUAGAGGAAAUGGGAGCGAACCACCUCGUCUUACUAAUAUUGUAUUUAUGACUGACGUCAAUGAAUUUUUUGGUUCUGUUUUUAUUGAUCAACGUCCAGGAAUAUCUCGUUCAGAAAUCUUCAAAAUGACAUAUGAACAUACAUCUAAACGUUAUGUAUAUAUUGGUACAUCACCUGAUGGAUUUAUUUGGACAAAAGGUAUUGAACCAGCUCAUCCAACAGCUGAUUUAUCUGAUACACAAACAGUUAUGUUAUAUUCUCCAAAUAAUGGUGGUCAAUAUAUUUUAUAUGGUCGAUUAAAUUCUGCUGUAUCAAAUACAAGUGUUUAUUGUCCUGGUGCUUUGCCUAGUUAUAGAAAAGUUGUUGUUACUUUAUCUAAUGAAAGUGUACAUGGUCCAUGGUCAAAAUCUGUUGAAGCAUUUCCUCUCGGUACACCAGAUCCAAUUCAAUGUUUUGAUAAUUAUAAUCCAGCGACUUUAUUUUAUCAUAAUAUUUAUUUUCUUUUUUCUUCUGGUUAUCUUCAUUGGACAGAAAUAAAUUCUGGUGCACCAAUUCCACGUGCAGCUCAAAAUGAUGGAGUUAUGGAUAUUCGAUUAGCUCUUAGUCGUAUUCCACAGGGUCCUUUUACUUUUCUAACAAGAGAUCCAUUUAUUUCACGUGGAAUUGGUAUAAUUGAUUCAAAAACAAAAUUAGUUAAUGGUACUGGAAGUGAUCGUGAUGCUGGAUUUGUUUUUUCAUCAUCAAAUGGUUUGAUGGAUCCUGAUUUUAUUCGAUCUGAUGUUGACAUACUUUCACCAUGGAUGUAUCAUAUUUAUUGGGGUUCACAAACAACACAUGCUGGUGGUGGAGCAUAUUUAAGUCAAUAUUGGCCAGGUGCAUUUACUGGAAUAUUUAAAGCACGUUUACGUCGAGAAGGUUAUGUUUCUCUUUCAACAUUAUCAUCAAAUCCAACAGGUUAUGGUUGGUUUAUUUCCAAAGUUUUAUCAUUACCUAAUAAUAAGAAGAAGAAUAGAAAUCAACAAUUACAAAUGUAUAUCAAUGCUGAUACAUCAACAGCAGGUUUUUUUGCUAUUCAGUUUGAAGAUGGUUUAACAAACAAUCCAAUUGAAGGAUAUACAUUUGAUGAAUGUAAAACAUUACAUCAAAAUGGAAUUCGACAAUUGCUACAAUGGCGUAGACAAAAUGAAACUUAUUCGGGAGAUUUAACACCACUAGUUAAUUAUUCAAAUGGUAUUCGAUUUCAUAUACAUAUGGCACAUACAAAAUUAUAUUCUUUUAUUUUAUCAUAUGUUUAA